UUCCCGCCGCCAUGGACGAGCUUUUCGUGGAGAAUCUGGAGGAGCUGGUGGCCGAGGAGAACCGUGUGGUAACGUACAAGUUGCUGAGUCACACACUCGGUGUCCAUGUCAACCAGGCCAAGCAGAUGCUCUAUUAUUAUGUGGAGAGAAAGAGGAAAGAGAAUUUGGGAGCUCAGCUGCACGUAACCUACCUGGUGUCUGGGAGAUUGGAGGAGGAUGGAACCCCAUGCCAUAAGGUGGCGGUAGUGAGAGAAGACCAGUUGGAAGCUGUGAAGACGAGGAUGGCAGGCACAGCCAGUGUGCAUGUGUACAGCAUCCACAAGGCCAUGUUGCGGGACAGCGGCCCUCUCUUCAACACUGACUAUGACGCCAUCAAAGGCAACCUGGAGAGUUGCAACAAGUACAGCGCUAUUCGGUGUGCUGACGCUGUGCCCCGCUCGGCGGAGGAGAUGGCCCGUCUUCACAAGUCCCUGCAGACCAGGCAGGGGCCGGGGCAGCCACCCAACAGCAGCACCAAACCCACCGUGAAUGGCAGCUUGACACCAGCGACCCCCAAACCCGCAGCCCAGACACUGAGAGGUGUCAUGAGCAUGUUCUCCACCAAACCCUCCAGCAAACCUCAGGAGGUCAGGACACAGAGAGCGGAGCCAAGCGAGGAGAGCAUAGCUUCAUCAUCAACCAGCAGGCCAGCGAGCAAAGGCAGCAGCACCCUCAGUAACUUCUUCAGCAAAGCUGGCUCCAAAAUGGAAGAGUCCCCCAGACACUCCCCUUCCCCAGCCCUCAAAAGAGGAGAGAUUCCAAACAAGUCUGACCCCGAGCUCCCGGAGAAAGGGGGGUCGUGGGGCAAAUCCCCCCAGAGCGUGGAGGAGCUGGGAAAGUCCGCAGAGAAAGAAGGCCCCAGGGCCCCAUCAGUCAGGUGUGAAGCAACCGAGGGGCCCCACGAGAAGGAAGCCAGGAUCUCAGCGCAGACAGCCACAGCAGACAGGAAGCCAGAGAGGGCUGGGCGCGGUACGAAGAAGAACAAGCGAGGUGAGGUGCUGGACACUGAGGAGACUGAGCCUCGAAACAAACGCCGUUGCAGAAUCAGGCUUCCCUCUGACAGUAGCGAGGACGAGGUGAUCCCAGACUCGCCUCCUGCAGCUUGUGAUGUCAGGACCCCCUCCCCACCCCCUGAGGUGCUGGUGAAGGAGGAACCCCCCCAGCGGCCUGUCUCACUCAAAGCCGCUGUGGGGAGGAGUUGCAAACGCCGCCGAGUUCUCAAGUCCAAAACCUUCGCAGAUGAAGAUGGUUCAAUAGUCACAGAGAAAGCCUAUGUGAGUGAGUCCUGCACGGACAGUGAGUCUGAGGCCACUGGAGGACCCAGGAAGUUGGUGAGCGGCCCGGGAAAAGCCAGCGGCAAAGAGGAGGCCAGAGGGAAGGAGAGGAAACCAAUAGCUUCCAGCAAGCAGGCCUCUAUCAUGGGCUUCUUCAAGAAAGCCAACUAGAUCCUCCCCCCACUCCACUCCCUCUCUCCCUCCCUCCUGUCGCCUCC